AUGUCUGCUGGAGGAGAGAAAUCCAAGUCUGCUUCCCAGACUGAUGGGAAGGCCGCUCAGAACAAGAUGUCUGAGAUGGGCAUGAUGUCCUACAAGAUGUGCGUGUACGACCAGGAGAACUUCCAGGGACGCUGUAUUGAGAUCACCGGCGAGUGCAUGAAUGUGGUCGACAUGGGAAUGGAUAGGGUGCGCUCCCUGCGUGUCGAGUGUGGACCCUUCGUCGGCUUUGAGCAGAUGAACUUCUGUGGUGAGAUGUUCAUCCUGGAGAAGGGCGAAUACCCCCGCUGGGACUCCUGGAGCAACUGCCAGAAGAACGACUACCUGCUGUCCUUCAGGCCCGUCCGCAUGGAUCCUGAGAAGCACAAGAUCUGCCUGUACGAGGUCGGAGAGUUCAAGGGUCGUAAGAUGGAGAUCAUGGAUGACGAUGUCCCCAGCCUGUUUUCCUACGGUUUCACCGACAGAGUGGGCAGCAUCAUGGUCAGCUGUGGAACCUGGGUGGGUUACCAGUUCCCCGGCUACCGUGGCAGCCAGUACCUGCUGGAGAAGGGUGAAUUCAGGCAUUUCAACGAGUUUGGUGCCCGCAGCCCCCAGAUGCAGUCCAUCAGGCGCAUCCGUGACAUGCAGUGGCACCCACACGGCUGCUACACCACAUCCUCCAAGUGA